UGGGGUUACGGUAAGAUGGCGGCGGCCGCGGGGCGGGGCGAGGCGAGCACGGGGGCGGGGCGGGUCGGGAAUCGAGGCGGGAUGGAGGACAGCGAGCGGCUCAUCCCCAAGGGCUUCCCCAAGUUGAAGAAUGACACGUUCCUGCGUGCCGCACGUGGUGAGGAGACGGAGCACACCCCGGUGUGGUGCAUGCGGCAGGCAGGACGCUAUCUGCCCGAGUUUCGGGAGACCCGGGCUGCACAGGAUUUCUUCGCCACUUGCCGGAGUCCCAAGUUGUGCUGUGAGCUGACGCUGCAGCCACUCAGACGAUUCCCCCUGGAUGCUGCUAUCAUUUUCUCUGACAUCUUGGUGGUGCCCCAGGCAUUGGGCAUGGAGGUUGUCAUGGUCCCCGGCAAAGGACCCACAUUUCCAGAGCCCCUGAAGGAGGUGGAAGAUCUGCUGAAACUACGGCAGAAGGUGGACGUGACUGCAGAGCUGGGUUACGUCUUCCAGGCUGUCACACUGACGCGGCACAGCCUGGAGGGCAAGGUGCCCCUCAUUGGCUUCUCCGGGGCACCUUGGACGCUUAUGUCCUACAUGAUUGAAGGGGGUGGCUCCACUACAAUGGCAAAGGCCAAGAGCUGGCUGUACCGUCACCCUGAAGCAAGCCACCGACUGCUGCGGCUGCUGACUGAUGUUGUCACUGACUACCUCGUGGGGCAGGUGGCUGCUGGAGCGCAGGCGCUCCAACUGUUUGAGUCCCAUGCGGGGCACUUGGGCCCAGAACAGUUUCAGGAGUUUGCCCUGCCAUACAUCCGAGACAUUGCCCGGGGUGUUAAGAGCAAGCUGAAAGCAGAGGCACUGCCACUAGUGCCCAUGAUCGUCUUUGCGAAGGAUGCGCACUACGCACUGCGUGACCUAGCCCAAGCUGGCUAUGAGGUUGUCGGUCUUGACUGGACCAUCCAGCCCCAGGAAGCUCGUGCACAGGUAGGGAAAGGCAUUACCCUGCAAGGAAACCUGGAUCCCUGCGCUCUCUAUGCGCCCAAGGAGAAGAUUGGGGAGCUGGUGAAGAAGAUGCUGGAGAGCUUUGGGACCCAACGCUACAUCGCCAACCUGGGCCAUGGCCUCUACCCCGACAUGAACCCCGAGCACGUGGGUGCCUUCGUGGAGGCUGUGCAUGCUCAUUCCCGCCACAUCAACAAACACAGCUGAGCCUGGGGACGUGAGGACAGUACUGUACGUUGGGCACAGCUACCCUGAAUAUGGUUUUGUCACAGGGCAGCUUGCUCCAGGUUGGGAUGCAGCAUUAAACCAGCACCUUCUCCACA